GCACGAUGGCGGGACUAAGCCGACAGAAAGAUUCUUGCUCUUUGUGUGAAAUGGUCUACAGGAAUCUGACCUGCAAUGCCGUCGUCGUGGAUCCCAAGAUUCAGUCAGUAGAGGAAUGCAAUGACUCUCAUCACUACAUUGGCCUCUUCGCUGAGGGCGAGGCUGGUCAGGCGCAGUAUAUCUGCGUGACCUUGGGCGCUUUCGAUCCGAAUACCAAGCGUGGCUUCAGAUUCAAAGCAUGGACGACAGUCAACGAUGGCACGAUACAGAUUGGCACAAUGCAAGGUACGCUGACCUCUCUACAUAAUGUCUACAAUACGCGCUUAAAAUCUACAGGCAGUCCGGCAGAAAAGUCCGGGAUUUUCGGACAUGAGUACAUACCGAUGGUAGAGGCGUUCGCACGGAAAAUCAAUGUGACUGCACCUAUCGCAGCUCCUUUUAUCCAAGGAUGGCUCCGAGACUGUCUGGAAAAGCAUGCAGAGUGUGCGAAGGCAUAUGCCGGAGAUACUCUCAACAAGGCAGAGACCGUUACGGAUACCCUACUAGCCAAGAGUGACGAAGAAGACUGGUGGGGGCCGCCGACUGCUUUGAUCUCGCCCUGCUGCGGUGGGGCAAGAAGGCAAAACAAAAUCAGUCCCCAGAGGAAGAAGGCUUGUAGGGAGGCAAGAGAUAUUAUUACCUCUGCAUCCCCUGAACGAGCCCAUCCGCCCACCAGACUUCUCAAGAUAACACUGGCAAGAAACACAUUAACCGAUAAUAGUCCACCACCGACGAUCAAACUCGUCGAAACCACCCUUGAAGGAAGGUUAUACGUGGACCAGUACGUUGCCCUGAGCCACUGCUGGGGACCCCCAGAGAAAAGACCACUUUGCACGAUCAAGGCCAAUCUAAAGAAGCACAAGCGCGAGAUCCCCUUCACUUCUCUACCACCGACGUUCCAGGAUGCAACCAUGGUCUGCGCCCUUCUGGGCGUUUCUUACCUCUGGAUUGACUCCCUAUGCAUCGUUCAAGACGACAAGGAGGAUUGGAAGAAGGCGGGUGCCAUUAUGCACUGCAUUUACGAGCAGGCGCUGUUUACAAUCUGCGCCGAUGCAGCAGAGGACUCUUCUCAAGGACUUUUCCACGUGCGAAGGAUGGCCGAGCUCUCCAAGCAAAUGGUCCAGUUGCCCUUCCACGCGGACGGGGAGGAGGGAAGAGAAGCAAAAGAAGGAGAUAGCACAUGCACCAAAAGUUCCUUGAUCCUCUUGGACAACACCAUCAGACAUGAUAUCGUCAAGGGUAUCGAUCGCUCGCACGCGCCCCUCAACUCCCGCUGCUGGACCCUCCAAGAAUCCAUGCUCUCGCGCCGUCUCGUCUCCUUCACCGCCUUCGGCAUCGCCUGCCGCUGCCCCUCGUUGCCCUGGGACCAGUACGGCGGCGGCGUCGGCAGCCGGCUGCAGCGCCGGGCCAAGACCGAGGUCGGGUACGACAUCUCGCCCGCCAACCCGCGCGAGCUCACGGGCUGGGUCGACGUGGUGCAGGAGUACACGUCGCGGAAUCUGACGUACAAGUCUGACAAGCUGGCUGCGCUGCAGGGGAUCGCGGCGGCGUUUUGCAGGAAGAAGCGAUGGAGGUAUGGGUCGUACUCCAACGGGGUCUGGCUGAAUCUUUUCCCGGCGUUUCUGUGCUGGUUCCCGCGCAACGGGCGAGUGUGUCGAGACAUUCCCGGGAGCCCAUAUCCCACUUGGUCGUGGGCGUCCACGACGGGAGCUGUCGAGUUUGACCUAGGCAGGAGCUCGCAUGAGCCGGGAUCGCUGCAUGGAAUGGAUGGGCUUAAUGAUGGGACGUGGGUGGGGGAUGAUGCGGAUAACAGCGCUUGCAGGCUGAUUGCUCCUUUUACCGAGGAGGAGAGCCAGGCUAUGACGCCGCCGGGUGCCCUCUUGUUGGAAGCCAUGCUCAUCCCUUUCAGGGCGGGAGCUGCCAGACAUGAUUGUGACCUUUGUGUCAAUGGGAACGAGUAUCGAAGGAUUCGUGAUGAAAGCGUCAGCGAGAGGUGGCAUGCGCUUAGUCGUCUGCAAAGGGAGUACAUCGAUCGUUGCUGGAAGUGGUGCGGUCGUCUCCGUGGCCAAGACACGUGCCCAGCUGAUGAUACAACGUUGGAUUACGCCAACGGCCAGCCCGUCACAAUUGCAAACUCCAUGGACAAGGGCAGCUUUAUGGGAUGGUGCUUUUUUGACGAUGGCGGCGUUGCUCCAGGGCCUCUGUAUUUCCUUCCGCUUUGGCGAGUCACAACGACGAAUGUGAUGAUGACAUAUGAACGCAAGUUCAAUAACGCGCGAAAGAGGGCAGCGGAAAAGAACGGAUCAGAGGAGAGAUACAAGUGGCUGUCGUUGAUCGUCAGCUCAACAGAGGACGGCUCACCGAAUGCAUAUCGCAGGGUUGGCUUGGGUUAUCUUUUGGUGCCAAGUUGGAUAGAAAGGUCGACCAGGGAAGAAGUUUUGCUUGUUUGAUAUAAACUAGGUAAGGAGGGAAAAGGACUAUAGAGACAGCGUCUCGCAAGUAUUUCCCCUGGCUAAAGCAGGUCCGGCCGCGGUCAUCACGGCGGUUGCUGUGGUGAAGAGGGCCUGGAGGUGUCCAAGUCUUGCCACCCGACCAACAUUGAGACCAAAGAACCCCCUGCUUCACCGAAAUCGCGCUAGAGUGCGGUUGAGUUCGUGGAAGUGGAAGUAAAUAAACACAACUUCGUUCUUUAUUCAAUUAUUACGAACUAUCGUAAUAAUGUUUCUUUCUUUUUACAUUUUCAAUAAGGCCGUAGCGUAUAUAGAGAC